GCGAGCUGGUGGCAGGCCAUGGAGCACCAAGUGCGGCGGGCUCGCGCCGCUUUCCGGUCCGGCCGCUCGCGGCCCCUGCGAUUCCGUCUGCAGCAGCUCGAGGCCCUGCGGAGGAUGGUGCAAGAGCGGGAAAGGGACAUCCUGGCGGCCAUCGGCGCCGACUUAUGCAAGAGUGAAUUCAAUGCAUACAGUCAAGAAGUAAUUAGCAUCCUUGGAGAAAUAGAUCAUGUGUUGGAGAAGCUUCCAGAAUGGGUUACUCCUAAACUAGCUGAGAAGAACCUGCUCACCAUGCUGGAUGAGGCCUAUGUUCAUUCAGAGCCCUUGGGAGUCGUUUUGAUUAUUGGAGCUUGGAACUACCCUUUUGUUCUCACCAUCCAGCCACUGAUAGGAGCCAUUGCUGCAGGAAAUGCUGUGAUUAUCAAGCCUUCGGAGCUAAGUGAAAAUACAGCCAAGGCCUUGGCUAAGCUUCUUCCUCAGUACUUAGACCAGGACCUGUAUGCUGUUAUUAAUGGUGGCGUUAAGGAAACCACAGAACUUCUGAAGCAGCGAUUUGACCACAUUCUCUAUACAGGAAGUACUGCAGUUGGAAAAAUUGUCAUGGAAGCUGCUGCCAAGCAUCUGACCCCUGUGACUCUUGAACUGGGUGGGAAGAGUCCAUGUUAUGUUGAUAAAGAUUGUGAUUUGGACAUUGCUUGCAGACGUAUAACCUGGGGGAAGUACAUGAACUGUGGUCAAACCUGCAUCGCUCCGGACUACGUUCUCUGCGAACCUUCCCUCCAGAAUCAAAUUGUGCAGAAGAUUAAGGAAACCGUGAAGGAAUUUUAUGGAGAAAAUGUAAAAGAGUCUCCUGAUUAUGAACGGAUCAUCAAUCUUCAUCAUUUUAAGAGGAUAAUAAGUUUGCUUGAAGGACAAAAGAUAGCUUUUGGUGGGGAGACUGAUGAGGCCACACGCUACAUAGCCCCAACAAUACUUACUGAUGUUGACCCUAAAACCAAGGUGAUGCAAGAAGAAAUUUUUGGACCAAUUCUUCCAAUAGUGCCUGUGAAAAAUGCAGAUGAAGCCAUAAAAUUCAUAAAUGACCAUGAAAAGCCCCUGGCUUUUUAUAUAUUUUCUCAUAAUGAUAAGUUGAUCAAACAAAUGAUUGAUGAAACAUCCAGUGGUGGCGUCACAGGCAAUGAUGUUAUCAUGCAUUUUACACUCAAUUCUCUACCAUUUGGAGGAGUUGGUUCCAGUGGGAUGGGGGCUUAUCAUGGAAAACAUAGUUUUCAUACUUUCUCCCAUCAACGUUCCUGUUUAUUGAAAAGUUUAAAGAGAGAAGGUGCUAACAAACUCAGAUAUCCUCCCAACAGCCAGUCAAAGGUGGAUUGGGCAAAGUUUUUCAUUUUGAAACGGUUCAACAAAGGAAAACUCGGCCUGCUGUUGCUGACUUUCCUGACCAUUGUCACAGCCGUACUUGUCAAGAAAUACCAAACUCUGCUGAGGAAAAAGGCCCUGUCAAUUUUCAUGGUAGUUCAUAGACUGCGGUGGUCCAGUAAACAGUGGUGAACCAUCUCUGUCAACAGUGAGGCAGCAUACUACUGAAAGAAUGAUUCUGUCCAACCACCUGCUUACCUCUCCUGAACAAUUCCUACUUUUUAAUGAACCAGUAAUUGUAAAAUUCCACUAAAAAAUAGUAAGAAAAAUGCAGAUGCACUGUGAUUAAACCUAAAAGUUAUUACCA